CCAGAAAGAGAGAAGAGGGAGAGAGAGAUAGAUAGAGAGACGGAGUAAGUGAGUUUUAGAGAGAGAAGACUCCGCCAUGACAGCUCGCAAGAGAGCUUUAUCAGACGCCUCCACAAAACCCUCGUUAACAGAAACUCAAACAAAGCCCCAACAAACCACUGCAAACUCAACGGACCCUCCGAUCGCUCCAUCCAAAGCAGGACAGAUCUUGAAAUUCUCUCUCAUCUUCUUCGUCCCAUACUUCUACCUCAUUUUAUCUCACUACAAAAUCGAGGCAGACCUCAAGAGAUCGAUACUGAUUAACGCCAUCUUGAGCUGCGCGGGCUUCUUCCUAACCCUAACUAUGAUCCCUGUGGCUUCUAAAUACGUUUCGAGGCGUAAUUUAUUUGGUUAUGACAUAAACAAGAAGGGUACACCUCAAGGUUCAAUCAAAGUGCCUGAAUCAUUGGGUAUUGUUGUUGGCAUUGUUUUCUUGGUUUUGGCAAUCUUAUUUCAGUAUUUUAAUUUCACAUCAGAUUCAAAUUGGCUUGUUGAGUACAAUGCUGCAUUAGCAUCCAUCUGCUUCAUGAUUUUGCUUGGAUUUGUAGAUGAUGUACUUGAUGUCCCAUGGAGAGUGAAAUUGUUAUUGCCUUCAAUUGCUGCUCUUCCCUUGUUGAUGGCAUAUGCUGGGCAUACAACUAUUAUUGUACCCAAACCUCUCAUUCCAUAUGUUGGGCUAGAGGUUUUGGAUUUAGGUUGGAUAUAUAAAUUAUAUAUGGGGCUUUUGGCUGUAUUUUGCACCAACUCCAUCAAUAUCCAUGCUGGUCUAAAUGGCCUUGAAGUUGGGCAGACAGUUGUUAUUGCAUCUGCUAUUCUGAUACAUAAUGUCAUGCAAAUUGGAGUGUCUACAGACCCUGAGUAUAAACAGGCCCAUGCAUUCUCUAUUUACCUUGUUCAACCAUUACUUGCCACUUCCUUGGCUUUACUUUCUCACAACUGGUAUCCUUCUUCAGUUUUUGUUGGUGACACCUACACAUACUUUGCUGGAAUGACUAUGGCUGUAGUUGGCAUUCUGGGCCACUUUAGUGAAACACUCUUGAUAUUCUUUACUCCUCAAGUUUUGAACUUCCUCUUAUCACUCCCUCAGCUUUCUGGCUACAUACCUUGUCCACGGCACCGGCUGCCAAGGUUUGACCCUCAGACAGGACUUCUAACCGGGACAAAUGAUGGGACACUUGUGAACUUAUUCUUAAGACGAUUUGGCAGGAUGUCAGAAAAGUCACUUUGCAUCCUAUUACUUGUUUUCCAGGCCAUUGGCUGCUGCUUCUGUUUUCUACUAAGGUGGUUACUUGCUGGUUGGUAUAAAUGAGGCCGUAACUUCAAAAAAACAAUCUUCUACUUUGUUCAUGAAUAUGCGGAAACACGGAUAUCUGCAGUUAUGGGCAGUUUUGACAGGAUAAUCAAGAAGAUCAAAUAACUUAAUUUGAGCUGAACCAAUAUCCACCCAUUUAGUGGUGAGGAUAAUUUUUUGUCGGAGAAAUUUCGAAGUUCUAGCUAAAGAGUUCCGAGGGCUGUGUUCUUCUUUUCCCUGUCAUUGUGCUCAAUUAUGUUUGGGAUGUCACACAUACAUUUUGUAUGAUUUCAACUCUGCACUCUUUUGUUAUAUUGAAAAUGGUGGCUCUGUACAGUAAUUUUAAUUUGUAGUGGCGAAGCCUGAAAAUAAAGGAUUGUAUACGCAACAGUGCAAUUUUUGCGAAGAUCUACUAUGAUGACUUCCUACUA